CUCCCUUCCUCUCUGCUCUUUCCUCCUCCUGUUUUCUUUUCCCUCCUCCCCCUCGCCUCCUUUUCUCCUCCUCCUCCGGCGCUGACGCUCGCGUAGGGCCCUGGCGUCAGACGCGCGGGGGCGGGGCGAGUGCGGCGGGGGGUAUAAGUAGAGGGUGCAGGAGGCGGUGCUUCCCCUUCUCCCCGGCGGUUAGUGCUGAGAGUGCGGAGUGUGUGCUCCGGGCUCGGAACACACAUUUAUUAUUAAAAAAACCCAAAAAAAAUCUAAAAAAAUCUUUUAAAAAACCCAAAAAAAAUUAACAAAAAAUCCGCGUCUCCCCCGCCGGAGACUUUUAUUUUUUUUUCUUCCUCUUUUAUAAAAUAACCCGGUGAAGCAGCCGAGACCGACCCGCCCGCCCGCCCGCGGCCCCGCAGCAGCUCCAAGAAGGAACCAAGAGACCGAGGCCUUCCCGCUGCCUGGACCCGACACCGCCACCCUCGCUCCUCAGCCAGCAGCCAGCAGCCAGCGGCAGCCGAUCGACCCCGUUCUGCGGCCGUUGAGUAGUUUUCGAUUCCGGUUGAUUUUUGUCCCUCUGCGCUUGCCCCCGCUCCCCUCCCCCCGGCUCCGGCCCCCGGCCCCAGCACUCGCUCUCCUCCUCUCACGGAAAGGUCGCGGCCUGUGGCCCUGCGGGCAGCCGUGCCGAGAUGAACCCCAGCGCCCCCAGCUACCCCAUGGCCUCGCUCUACGUGGGGGACCUACACCCCGACGUGACCGAGGCGAUGCUCUACGAGAAGUUCAGCCCGGCCGGGCCCAUCCUCUCCAUCCGGGUCUGCAGGGACAUGAUCACCCGCCGCUCCUUGGGCUACGCGUAUGUGAACUUCCAGCAGCCGGCGGACGCGGAGCGUGCUUUGGACACCAUGAAUUUUGAUGUUAUAAAGGGCAAGCCAGUACGCAUCAUGUGGUCUCAGCGUGAUCCAUCGCUUCGCAAAAGUGGAGUGGGCAACAUAUUCAUUAAAAAUUUGGACAAAUCCAUUGAUAAUAAAGCACUGUAUGAUACAUUUUCUGCUUUUGGUAACAUCCUUUCAUGUAAGGUGGUUUGUGAUGAAAAUGGUUCCAAAGGUUAUGGAUUUGUACAUUUUGAGACACAGGAAGCAGCUGAAAGAGCUAUUGAAAAAAUGAAUGGGAUGCUUCUAAAUGAUCGCAAAGUAUUUGUUGGACGAUUUAAGUCUCGUAAAGAACGAGAAGCAGAACUCGGAGCUAGGGCAAAAGAGUUCACCAAUGUUUACAUCAAGAAUUUUGGAGAAGAUAUGGAUGAUGAGCGCCUUAAGGAUCUCUUUGGCAAGUUUGGACCUGCCUUAAGUGUGAAAGUAAUGACUGAUGAAAGUGGAAAAUCCAAAGGUUUUGGAUUUGUAAGCUUCGAAAGGCAUGAAGAUGCACAGAAAGCUGUGGAUGAGAUGAACGGGAAGGAGCUCAAUGGAAAACAAAUUUACGUUGGUCGAGCUCAGAAAAAAGUGGAACGGCAGACGGAACUUAAGCGCAAAUUUGAACAGAUGAAGCAAGAUAGGAUCACCAGAUACCAGGGUGUUAACCUUUAUGUGAAAAAUCUUGAUGAUGGUAUUGAUGAUGAACGUCUCCGGAAAGAGUUUUCUCCUUUUGGUACAAUCACUAGUGCAAAGGUAAAGCAUAGGGAUACUUUUUUACCAUUUAGGGAAAAUCCAUGCAUGUGGAUAUGUGUGUAUAAAUUUCACAUUAAUACACCUACUGGAAUUUUUGUCUUACUUUCUAAAUAUCUUUUUAAAAGCAAUUUAUCAGGAAACUAUAGUUGUUACAGGGGAAACAUGUAUUCAUUAACACUUCAUUCUGGGGAGUCCAGUUUCAAGCCCCCAAGCAGUAAAGAUUGAUGUACUUGAACUCAGAAAUUAAGAAUUACAGCAAUAUGUAAUAUGUGGUUUUAAUCUAAAUUCCGGGAUUUUAAGAACCUCUGCUCCAGGUGUUUUUUUUCCUGAUGUCAGUGAUCCAAGAAUGCCUCCGUGUGUAAAGUUCUGUGCAUCUGUAUUUUGGGAUAUAGGAGGAGUGUCAAAAACUUAGAUUGGUUGUCUUUUGAUUUAGAGAGAAUUUUAUGUCAAUUUUGUUUUAUAGUGCAAAUAUUGUCUCCAGUCUUUCACUUAGGACUUUGGGUUUUUUGUCAUCUUGUUUUCCCUAUAGUUUACAUUUUAUGUUCAGAAUCUGGCAAUUUGAUUUUUCAAUGUGACAUGAAUUAAGAGUUGUGACUUAAUUCUUCUCAUUUCUCUCAAUGUACCAUGUAUUGAAUAACGCAAGGUCCAUUUUUUCAUUAUUUUAAAAUGUUAACCUUAACACACUAAAUUCCCAUAAUUGCAUGGGUAGGUUUCAGGAUCUUGUUUUAGGUAGAAUUGACAUAUAUUAAGUAUACAACAUAAUGACGAUGUUUGUGUAUGUUGUGAAACGGUCAUAAUAAAUCUAGUUAAUAUUUGUCACUAUACAUAAUUCUUUUUCCUCUCAUGAGAACUUUUGAGACCUACUCUCAGGAACUUUCAAAUGUGUAACAUAGAACUAUUGACUAUAGUCCCCCAUGCUGUACAUUAAUUGCAUCCCCCGGAUUUAUUUUAUAGCUGGGAGUUUAUACUUUUUAAAACCUCUUCAUUUCAUUUCCUCUACCCCCACCUCUCUGCUUCUAGCAACCAUGAGCUCAGUUUUUUUGUUUGUUUCUUGGUGUGUUGCUUUUAUUCCCCUUACGUGUGAGAUCCUUGGACUGUGUUCCUACGCUACCCCAUACUGCUCAAUGUAGUUGUAGAACGUGUUUAUUGCUGGGCUAAGGAGGAGUUCUUUGCGUCUCCUCGUUGCUCCUUUAAAUGAUCUUUGCAGUGUUUGGACGCUUUCUUCUAGCCAAUAUUUAUGGCCCUUUUGGUCUUGAAUGUGAAAUUUUUAUUUGAAAUUGUGAAUUUUGGCUAGUUCUAAGAUUCAGCUGCGUCUCCACCCCACCCAAAGAAUAGUAAAGCAUGUUGUCCACUUGAAUUGCUGAGUCAAAUGUUGAUGCUAGAGUUAAAUUUAGCAGGCCCUGAACGUAUUACUCAGAUAUUUAAACCUUAAUAUUUAAGCUCUAAUACUUAAUUGACUAUCUAAAAUCCUACCGCAUUUGCUGUCCUACCUCCACCUCUUUACUUCCUGUUUUGUUUGGCUGAGGUGUACCACGUGUGUAGCUUGCCCUGAAUAUUUAGGUAUUAAGGAAACAUUGUAGAAAACAAUGAAAGCAUUAACAGUGUUUACUUGAGUCAGUAGCUGUAAUUGACAAGUUAGUAAUAAUGCUUUUUUCUUAGCGUCCUGUUCUAUCCUUGAAUUAACUUUUUCUUAAAUCUUUUUGUCUUCUAAUAGGUCAUGAUGGAGGGUGGUCGCAGCAAAGGGUUUGGUUUUGUAUGUUUCUCCUCCCCAGAAGAAGCCACAAAAGCAGUUACA